UACACUGUGCGGCGCCUGGAACAUUUUGUAGACGGCAGCGACAUAUAAAACAGCAAUUUCAUUGUUGCCGUACUAAAACCUUUCACUUCAAUAAAAUGUACAUAGUUACAGCCCUAUUAUGAAAAAACCUCGUAACGGAGUUGAGAGGAAAAAUUUGUGAGGUUUCUUGUGACGUACAUUUUUUGAGUCUAUGCUGGCUCGAACCUCAUAAGAAAAAAGCUUAAAAAGUCACCGAUUGAGGUGAAAAGCAUUUUGCUGUCAAACGUUGUUUCAAAAGAAAUAAAUUCAAAAUAAAUACAAGUUUGAACUGGAUAAUCAACAAAUGCGUACAAAAUUUGAGAGAACAACUCAGGAGCAGCUGCAACAUUUCAUAAUGUUCUGCAAGCAUCAUCCUGAGUUGCAACGCGGGAAGCGAACUACGACCAACCCUCAAGGGCUGCAAAUGCUUUGGUCGGAGUUAGCAGAUACUCUUAAUUCGUUAAGAGGUCGGACGCGUACAGCAGCCAUGUGGAGGGAGUCUUUAAUGCAUUGGAAGCACCAAUUGCGGUCUCGUGCGCGAAAAAUAAAGGCGCAUGCGGAAGGAACUUGUGGAGGCCCUCCGUCGCAAGCUAUUUCUGAAUUUGAAGAGCAGGCAAGCGGAACCUUUGGGGCAGCAGCGGUGAAUGAAUUACCGGUUAUGUGGGUUUUGGAUCACCAGUUGAAGCUCCUGCCUCAUUACUUGUGGCAUCUUGUCCAGGUCCCUCCCCAACAGCCACAUCGUCUGCUCCAGCUUGCUCCAAUCAAUCACCGUUAAUUGAAUCACCUCCUUCUGCCCCAUAUCCGUCCGCUACCAUCGCUUCUGAAGGGAAAUUAACAGCAGCGAAAAUGCUUGGAGCAGUUUUAAGAAAAAUGGAGGAGGCUAUUAUCUACAGAGAACAAUUGUAGAACAAAAUGAGCAGAUGACGGGUUUGCGCAGUCAUAUA